AUGCCUACAUUAGAAGAAUGUCAAACAAAUUCAACAGCAGUAGUUGACACCACUUCUUCAUUAAAGAUCAUCUCACAUUCAAAUUUAGUAAAGUAUGUGGAUACAAUUGAAGAAUGUCCACCUCUAUCGCCACGUGAUGUUGAAAAUUUGACAAUUCAUGAUUUGAGAGCAGACGAUAUCACUUAUAUAAUGGCAUUAGGCGAUAGUAUCACAGCAGCAUUUGCUGCAAAAGGUCAGCGCAACUGGGGUAAAAACGAAGAAGGAGAAUCAUCAACGAGAUCAACUAAUAAAAAACAUAAAAAACAAAUUAAAAAGGAACAGCAGCAACAACAGAAAAUUUUUUUAAAUAAUAAUAAUGGUGAUUACAACGAAUCUUUACAAACAUUUGAUCAUAGAGAUUUAUAUGAGAAUCGUGGCUUGAGUUUUGCAAUUGGCGGUGAUGAAAAUGCAACUACCUUGGCAAGAUUUUUGAAUUAUUAUUCUAGAGAUGGUUUGAUUGGAGCAUCUUUAGGAGAUCAUUUUGCUCAUAUAUGUUUGUUUUGUUUGCCGUAUCAAUACAGACCUUCACAAGAUCGUCUUAAUGGUGCACAGUCUGGUGCAAUGGCUGAUAAUCUUCGUAGACAAGUUAAUUACCUUUUAUUACAACUUAAUCUUGAAAAAGCUCGUAAAGGAUCAAGACAUGUUGAUGGAAAGUUUAAAAAUACAUCGCCUGAAAAAUUUGAAAAAAAUAUACGUGACACACUUGACGACAUUAUGAAUAAAAUACCAAAUACAAUAGUAAAUAUAAUGGGCGUGUCCAAUGUAUCUCAAGUUUAUGAUGUAACGCGCGGAAAAAAAUAUUGUAAAUGGUACGAUGUUCCUUAUAUAAAUUUUGAGUGUACUUGUGCAUUUUCUCCAGGUGAAAUUGGUGCUCGAAAUCGAAAAAUCAUGGACGAUUUAGCAGUAAAAUACAAUAAAAUUUUACAAAAUGUAGUUGCUGAUUAUUCUAAAAUAAAAAGAAAUGAUUUUGCUAUUGUUCAGAAUCGAUUUGUUUUUAAUUUAACCACUUUUCCAAUUGAUGGAUUAAGUAACAUUGACUGUUUUCAUCCAAGUGAAAAAACUCAUAUAUACCUCUCAAAAGUACUUUGGAAUAGUUUGGUAGCACCGUUCAAAAAACAUGAACCUGUUAUUAGUUGGGAUGGUGACAUGAAAAUUAGAUGUUUUGGUGAAGAUGAUAGGAUCAUUACAUAUUAA